UAAUCUUCUACUGUUAAUCAUACACCUUUGCCCACCAACGUCUUAUAAGUCUAGUCGUACGUAUGUCGUGACCUGACAUGUACAGUGUAUAUCGCGUAGGCAGUACAACGCGCUUGAAAAUUCAUCUUGUCAACAAUAUACCGUGGACACUUUUUCAGAACAGAUGAAGAAUGAAUUAAUAUGUUUAGAUAUUACUAUUGUCGGAUGCGCUGGACAUACUGCUCGUUAAACGUCCGAGCUGAAUGUUGGAGUGAGCAGUUGUCCGGAAAUCUUCUUCUCACCCCAAGCUCCUUACACGAACGAGACGGUGUCCUUGCGGAUUUUCACGGCGGCAGGUGUCCAGUGAGCGAGAGCCUGUGGUACGGUAGCUAACGGUAGGACUGGGCUAUUUGCGUGAUCGCGUGGCACACGGCCCUGUCCUUCACACCAUGAGAACGUGGACAAGAUAUAUUGUUCUUCUCAUCAUUGUGACCGCAGGCUCCACGCUGUUGUACCUCAGUUUCAGCAAUGGAAAUGAAAACGAUAUUGAAACAGUUCAAGAAAAUAAGCACGAAAUAUGGGACAGCCAACACCAGCAAGCCCAACCAAUCGGGGGAGGUCACCAUGAUCAGGAGGGUGGGCAUGCCGGAAAGCAAAGGGAAGGAUUCUUCAGCCAGUUUGCCAACAUUCCAAGGUGGAAGAAGCGGGACCAUGCCUGGAAUGGGCUGGCCUUUGCCAAUGAGGUGGAGCAGCACCGGGCAGCCUACUCCAGGCGUCCCAGCAGCAAGAGCCCAUUCCUGGAUCAGAUGCGGUGUACGCCUCGCCACAACAUCACAUUCCUCAAGGUGCACAAGACAGGCAGCAGCACCCUUCAGAACAUCUUCCUGCGCUAUGGCCAGCGCCACAAGCUGACCUUUGUGCUGCCUCCGCAGGGCCACCACCUGGGCUUCCCGGACUUCUUCGACCGCCACCACAUGUUGCCAGUGGAGAACGGGAUCUACAACAUCUUCUGUCACCACGCCCGAUUCAGCCAGGUCGUCAUGGACAUCAUGCCGCCCAAUUCCAUCUACAUCAGCAUCCUGCGAGAUCCUGUCCAUGUCUUUGAGAGCGCUUUUACGUACUUUAAAAUUGCUCCACGCAUCAACAUGGGCAACGAUGCUGACGCCAUGGCCAAGUUUCUUGAAGACCCCGUCACUUAUUAUGAAAGUGCACCGAGCACAGUGCACAUGCGCAACAACAUGCUGUACGACUUUGGCGUGCCCACUAUAAAAUUUGAUGACACGGACUUCAUCGAGGAAGCAAUCCAGCUGAUUGACAAGCAGUUCUCCUUGAUUCUGAUUGCCGAAUACUUUGAGGAAUCACUGAUCCUGCUCCGAGACGCCCUCUGUUGGCGGACCGAGGACAUGGUGGUGUUCAAGAUGAACACCCGCAAGAAGACAGCAGUGGACACAUUAGGGACAGACUUGCAGAGCAAGAUCCGCACCUGGAACAGUGGAGACACGCUGCUGUACGACCACUUCAACAAAACGCUGUGGCACAAGAUCGAGCAGUACGGAACGGAGCGGAUGGCCAGGGAGGUCAAGGAACUUCGGGCAUUGACAGAGAGUUACUACAAGCUCUGCAUUAAAACAGACACAGCCGACAGAAAGGAAGGGGUGUUUGACGUGUGGCAACCCCCAGGAGUUAAGAUCAACGCCUUUGUGCUCAAGGAAUCGGCCAGCCACAACCCCAUCUGCGAGAACAUGGUGCGGCCGGAGAUUGUCUACACAGCCCAGUUGCGAGAGGCUCAGUUUCCCAAUCGUUCUUUUCGGAAAUUUCAGCGUAACUGGAGGAGACGAAGACCCCCGGUAAUUUAGGAUUUAGAAAAAAAAUCUGAAUGUGUAAUGAAGAUGCCAUCCAAUCCGGACGAGGAGGGUGCAUCCUUGCAGGGUGCAUCCCUGAUUGGGGGGGGACACAUGUAAUAUUCAUCGUGCUGUACACAAACAGUGUAAAGGUAUGCACAUGUAUGUA